AUGGUACCAAGCAAGUUAAAGGCCUACUGUAAGAGCACAGAAUCUGAACCACACGAGGCAAGAGUUAAAGUCCCACGCAAUUUUCGCUUGUUGGAAGAGCUUGAAGAGGGCCAGAAGGGCGAAGGCGACGGCACAGUCAGCUGGGGCCUGGAGGAUGACGAAGACAUGACUCUCACACGAUGGACAGGCAUGAUCAUCGGACCAGCGAGAACCAAUUACGAGAACAGGAUAUACAGUCUGAAAGUGGAAUGUGGACCUAGAUACCCAGAGACAGCGCCGACCGUUAGAUUUGUAACAAAAAUUAGCAUGAAUGGGAUAAAUAAUUCCAACGGGACGGUGGAUUCACGUAGCAUACCAAUAUUAGCAAAAUGGCAGAAUUCUUAUACCAUUAAAAUUGUUCUUCAAGAGUUAAGGCGUCUAAUGAUGUCCAAAGAAAAUAUGAAGCUUCCACAACCACCAGAAGGACAGACCUACAGCACUUAAUCGUAAUGGAUUGUUUCGACCCUCUGUCUUAAACCUUACUCUCUUAGAAAUAUUGUGUAAAAUCAUCAUGAGGUUCACUUCGCACAUCAACAGUAUCGUCUGCAAGAGCAAGAUUGGACUUUCUUAUUACAUAGCUCAUUCAAAAAAAUGGAAAAAAAGUCCCUGCAGUUAAGCACUGAAUAGAUAGUAAAAAGACUACAAGACCACACUUAUCUGCCUAUAAUAAAGUUUCUUUGACAAUGACUUUUGUGUUUUGACCGGUUCCAGCUUGAGUAGGCUUGAAGAGGGAAGCAUGAUGCCACAUUGAGGCUGUACCAGAGUCCCAGUACUUUUGUUUAAAUGGCUUGAAGUAAAAGGCAAGAUUGGGGGGAAGGGUAUGAAGGCAUGUUCUGUAACUAAUACCUAGUCAAAGAGAAGCCACAUUUUUGAGAUGUUAGUAAAAUUUAGCAGGUUCUUUGAAAUAUCAUGCAGAUCGCUGAAUAUUGAAUACUGUGGCUGUAGUCUAAAAGUAGUGUCACAAGGUAAGAAAGAUU